UGUUGGGAUAAACAGGUGGCGGCCGAACCGUUACAGACGCGCUGACUCACAGCUGCCGGGCAUCAGAUGAAUGUGGGAUUAUCCAAAAGAUGAGCGCAAGAUUUCAAGGAAUGUGAGAGUUUAUCUGAGUGUUCCUUCCAUGGGGGAAUCACCAUGCCAUUAGUGAGAAGAAAGCCUGGGAUAGAGCGUAAACAACACUGAGUUUUUUUCCUGGUAGCGGUGAAACCAGUGUACAGAAUUUGUCCGGAGCUCCGUCACAAUGAGAGACCGACUGGAGGAGCUGCAGCACAAGGCCCAGGACUUGUCUGAGGCGUCCAGCCAGAACACCAACCCUUUCUCUGCGGACGGUGAUGAAGAUGACACUGAGGUGGUGGGGGUCAUAACGCCACAGGCUGUGGUGUUUGAGGAAGAGCCAAUCAUUGAGAAUAUCCUCUCUGAGAUUCAACAAAUCCGAGAUGAUAUCACAGCUCUGGACACAGAAGUGCUAAAGUUCAGCCAGCAGCAAAAAACUCUGGUGGCAACCAUGCGUCGCUUCAGUGUGAUGAAAAAAGAGAGCAGCAUCACCCGGGACAUAAAGCUCCAAGCAGAAAGCAUCCACAGACGCUUGGAUGCACUAUCCAAACAGGUCCAAAGGACGGAGGACCAGCAGGGACCCACUUCUGUUACAGCUCGAAUACAACGCUCCCAGCAUGCAGCACUUUACCGCAAAUUCCAGCAGGUAAUGCGGCAGUAUAAUGAAAGUCUGCUGACCAAGCAGGACCGCUGUAAACACUUCAUUAUCCGGCAGCUGGAGGUAUCAGGGAGGGAUGUGACCGAGGAAGAGGUGAAUGAGAUGGUUGCCACGGGGAAAUGGGAGGUCUUCAAUGAAAACCUGCUUAAUGACGCCAGAAUCACACGAUCGCAAUUAUCUGAGAUUGAACAGCGACACAAGGAGCUGUUGAGUCUGGAGAACAAUAUGAAGGAGCUGAGGGACCUUUUUAUGGAUAUUUUCGUGCUUGUGGAGGAACAAGGUGCGUACAUAGAUCAUAUACAGACCAAUGUAGAGCGCACACAGGAUUAUGUGGCUGCAUCCAAUGAGAAGUUCAAACUGGCUGCCAGGUACAAGAAGAAAAACCCCAUCCGACAACUGUGCUGUUGCUGCUGUCCACCCUGGAGAUGCUGCUUAUAAAAAAACACAUUAUUAGAAAUAGCUAUAGAAAUUAUUUAUACUGGUUCUUUACUGUUAUACAUCAUUAUCCCAGAAGUCGUACUUUUGAUGUUGAGAGUUAGCUACGUCGGUCUGCAGCUCCAGUUAGAGAGCGUUAUGGCAGUUUGUGCUGGUGAACAGAAUGAUGGUGAAACAGGUUCAGCAGAGCAUAGAAAACAAUUAGGAGGAAAGGCCAGAAUUGGUAUUUGAGGCACUUGUUUCUUUCAAGAGGAUGUGAACAGACUGGUAUUGGAAGAGACAGUUCAGUGAGUGGUGCUCACUAAAGCUGCUGCUUAUUGGAGACCUUCACUGUCAGCUGACAGAGGUCACAAACAAGAAAGCACCGCCGCCGCCGCCUCGGCCCCUGCUAAAUCAGCAAGACGGAUACUCCACCAGCGUUUCAAAGACCCCCUCCUCUUUUUAUCUGCCACAGGAGCUCCGGUUAAUGACCACUUAUAUUUUUAAUACGUGCACUUUGAAAGCUUUAUUUUUCCACAGUCAGCUGAAAUACUCAUGCAUUCAUUUCAUAGUUUUUUGGGGUUUUUUUUACCCCCACGCACUGAUAGAAAUCAUUUACAUAUUUCAAUGUCAUUUGCAUUUUAACCCAUAAAGACCCAGUGUUACUUUUGUGACACUUCUCAAAUGAAAUUUAUUCUUUAUUUGACUUUUCUUAAGCGAUUUAUCAACAUUUAUUAUAAUAUUUUUACCCCAGCCCCUGAAGCGGAGGCAAGGGGUGUUGUUUUUGGUUCGGUUUGUUUC